UCUACUACGUUGGGCUAUCUGCCCGUUGGGAAAAAUAGAAAUUUGCGAGUUUGUUCAGGUGGCCGCAGGUCGGGAGAAGCAGUGGUAGCAAGCUACAAACUGAUCAGAGAAGAAAAAAAUGGCGGCUUUGAAGGGGUUAUUGAAAAAAGGUUUAGGAGAAAUGGAUUUCAACACCGGUGGAGGACUCAUUAACUGGUUCCCAGGACACAUGGCUGCCGCCACACGCGCCAUCCGUAACCGCCUUAAACUCGCCGACCUCGUCAUCGAAGUCAGAGACGCUCGUAUUCCGUUAUCCUCCAUCAAUGUCAAUCUUCAACCUCAUCUUUCCGCUAAACGGCGUGUCAUCGCACUCAACAAAAAAGACUUAGCAAAUCCCAACAUCAUGCAUAAAUGGGUGAAUUAUUUUGAGACGGGUAAGCAAGAUUGCAUUCCGAUAAAUGCUCACAGUAAGAGUUCUGUUACAAAGCUUCUGGAACUUGUGGAGUUGAAAUUGAAGGAAGUGAUGUCAAAGGAACCUACUUUACUUGUUAUGGUGGUUGGUGUUCCUAAUGUUGGCAAAUCUUGUUUGAUUAAUUCAAUUCAUCAGAUUGCACAUUCCCGAUUUCCUGUGCAGGAGAAGAUGAAGCGAGCUGCUGUGGGUCCACUACCCGGUGUUACUCAAGAUAUUGCAGGAUUUAAGAUAGCAAACAAGCCGAGCAUAUACGUCCUAGAUACCCCAGGGGUUCUGGUUCCAAGUAUCUCAGACAUCGAGACAGGGUUAAAGCUUGCUCUUGCAGGGUCUGUUAAAGAUUCAGUAGUGGGCGAGGAGCGAAUUGCUCAAUACUUUUUGGCAGUUUUAAAUACCCGGGGUACUCCAUUUCACUGGAAGCACCUCAAUAAUAGGAGAGUUGAUGCGAUUGCAAAUGAACCCGAGGAAAAUCAUAGAUAUGACCUGAAAAAUCUUAAGCAAAGGAAAGGUGUGCCUAACAGAUCUGACUUGGUAUAUGUGGAGGAUAUUGUCGCGGGAGUUCAGCGUGCACUUUAUUCGACUCUAGCAGAAUUCGACGGCAACGUAGAAGAUGAGGGCGACUUGGAGAACUUGAUUGACUUGCAGUUUGGUGCACUGCAGAAGGCAUUGAAGAUACCUCACAAGGCUUCAGAAGCACGAUUGAUGGUAUCCAAAAAGUUCCUUACUCUAUUCCGGGCUGGUAAAUUGGGACCUUUUAUUCUUGAUGAUGUCCCUGAUGCCAAGCCUGUAUAAAAGAUAUACAUGACCCGUCUUAUUCGCAUGUGUUAUGGCGAAUUUUGCUGUAACAUGCUAAUAGAGAUGGUUUUAGAUUCAAGACUCUUUCCUGUGGAUGUGCGUAACAAGUCACAUUUCACUAUAUCAGUCGAGUCUCAGCAAAAUUGGUAACUACUAUGCCCCAUAACUCUGCACAACCUUAAAGCAUAUUAGCAUAGCUAAAGAGUAAUGUUCAUGGAGUCCAAGGCCUGUAAUAUAACAAAUCAAUGAAUAUGAUUCACAUCAGAUGCUAUGGCAAAAGUACAGUCAGGACAUUCUUCAAUUGGAUUUAGAUCAGGUGCUGUGUGACUGCAUGCAUCUCACCCGUUCGAUUGAAUGUUCUAAAUUUUAAAGUAGAUUUUGAUUUGUAAUUGAAAAUACUGAGUUCAAAUUGGAGUCAUCUGAACCUGAUCAUAUGAAGAUGCAUGGGACUUCACAUAAUCAUGAUCUUCAAUCCAAACAUUCACUAUAUGAUUUAAA